AUGGAGAAAAUAUUGAAAGUGCUAAAUUGCACUGAGGAACAUAAGGUUCUUUUCGCCACAUUUAAGUUGACAGGAGAAGUUGAACGGUGGUGGCUAGCAGUGAAAUUGCUAGAAGAGCAGUGGGCGGUACCUACUAUUAUGAUAUGGAGGUGUUUCAAGGAGGUCUUUUAUGACCGGUAUUUCCCCGCCACUACCAGGAAUGCAAAGGCAGAGGAAUUUUUCAACCUAACUCAGGGGCACCUCACAGUACAGCAGUACGAUGCUAGGUUCGUGGAGCUUUCUCGCUUUUCUCCUUUUAUGGUCCUGGAUGAAUAUCAAAAGAUACAUGACUGCUCAGAACUGGUGGAUAAAGUCACUGUAGAGGAGUUAAGCCUGCAGAGAUAUGCAAAAACAUCAGAGUGGAGGAAGAGACCCAUGCCUCCCAGUUCCCAUGCAGAUAUCAAAUAG